AUGGCUCCGUGGCCAAAACGGAGCAUCGAGCGCGGCUGGCUGUUUGGGACGGGUUUACGGACUCCCAAGGAGGAAGAGGAGGAGGAGGAGGUCACCGGCGUCCUCGGCUCCGCGGUCGCCGCCAGGCCCGGCCGGAGCUGGCGCAGCAGCAGGGCGGCCCUUUUCCUUUCAGAGGUCACAGAAGAGCAUCAGUCUCCAGCUGGAAUCAGUGACGAUGAUGAGGAGAUGCUCGUCAGCGAGGAAGAAGUUCCCUUCAAAGACGACCCGAGAGACGAAACCUACAAGCCCCACUUAGAAAAGGAAGCUCCCAAGCAAAGGCGGAAAGCUGCCAAGGGGAAGGAGGAGAAGGAGAAGCAGAAAGAGAUUAAGGUGGAGGUGAAAGAAGAGAGCGAGUUUCAGGAAGACGAAGAACCGCCGAGGAAGCGAGGAAGGAGGAGAAAGGACGACAAGAGCCCGAGGCUGCCCAAGAGGAGGAAGAAGCCUCCCAUCCAGUACGUGCGCUGCGAGAUGGAGGGCUGCGGCACCGUCCUGGCUCACCCGCGCUACCUGCAGCAUCACAUAAAGUACCAGCACUUGCUGAAGAAGAAAUAUGUGUGUCCCCAUCCCUCCUGCGGCCGGCUCUUCCGGCUCCAGAAGCAGCUCCUGCGCCACGCCAAGCACCACACAGACACAGUUGGAAGGGCUGGCACGUGGCUGAAGUGCCAUUUAGGGCGCCGUUGCCCUGGUUAUUCCUCCCGGCCUCCCGUGACCGCUCUCGUGUCGCCCUCGCGCAGGUGCGAGAUCUGCGGCUUCACGUGCCGGCAGAAGGCGUCCCUCAACUGGCACAUGAAGAAGCACGACGCCGACUCCUUCUACCAGUUCUCCUGCAACAUCUGCGGCAAGAAGUUCGAGAAGAAGGACAGCGUCGUGGCGCACAAGGCCAAGAGCCACCCCGAGGUGCUCAUCGCCGAAGCGCUGGCUGCCAACGCGGGCGCCCUCAUCACCAGCACCGACAUCCUGGGCGCCAAUCCCGAGGCCAUCGCGCCGCCCACCGACAGCCAGGGCCUCCCGCUGCUUCCCGACCCGCUGGGAAGCUUCGUGGCCAGCGGCAGCAGCGCCGGCGCCGAGGGGCUCGUGGUCAACACGGAGAUCCUGGGCGCCACCACCGAGGUGCUCAUCGAGGAUUCGGACUCCGCCGGGCCCUAG